ACGAGUCCCGUUCAUUCCUAACGAGUCGGUGAUUUAGGUCGGUGAUUGAAGUCGGUGAUAGAGUACUAUAAAACAGUCCCCCCAUUCAUUCCUAACGAGUAACAGCUAGGUUGUUAAUUCUUGCGUCUCAUCUCUCUGUUUUCUCUCUCAAAUUCAAAUUUCUCAAUCAGUUUCCGAUCAUCGAUUUCUUCGACGAAGGCGAGCUAAAAGAAGAGAACUACAAUUAAGCCUGUGCAAUCUACUGUCUCUUCCAUGAUGAACAUCUCGGUUUCACAAGUCCGGGAUAAGCCUGAGAAAGUGUUGAAGGCCAAAAAGAAAGUAACAUUCGACCCCAAUGUAAAAAUCUAUGAAUAUGUUUCCUGCAAUGAAGUUUCAGAUUUUUAUAUGGAGAAUGAAGGUAAUUACCAGAAUUGCAAGGAAACUGAUGAUGAGCUAGACUAUGAGGAUGGUUAUCUUGAUAAUAUUGAUGAUCUCAGUGACAGAGAUGACAAUGGGGGACUAAUGGAUAAUGACUUGUAUGAUGAUGAUGAAGGAAUUGUGGAAUUGAGGAGAACGAUUUCUGCUCCUCCCGUGUUCACUGAGGAGUUUGAUAGUCCCAUGCCAAGAGGUAGGCAUGGUUAUGUUCAUGCCGUGCUGAACCCAGUAGAAAAUCUAAGUCAGUGGAGAACUGUUAAAGCUAAAGGGGCACCUUCAGUGAGAACCGGGAAAGAGAACUUUGUUUCAAAUCAAGAACCCCAGGUUCCCUUCAGUUCAGAGCCAAGUGUAAAGGAAUUUUCAUUCAGUUUGAAGCCGAAAGGUGAUCAAGCCAAGAUGUCAAACCAGAAAAUACCAUGGAGUUCUUCAAGUCGAUGCCUUGAUGAGAUGUCCACAAUAAGCACUGCUGGGACCUACUGGAAGCACAGUGGGCCUUCCUUUGUAGGAAGAGAUAAAGCAUAUGGUUCUAUGAUUGUGCAAGAUAAAAGAAUGAAUCAGUUGGAAGAGGUGAAGCCAAUUAGGUCUAACCCAUAUGCUCGAGAUAGGAGUGCUUCACAUAAUCCUCUGUUGAUGCCAGUUGAAAAUCUUGCUCAGUGGAAAGCUCUUAAAGCUAAAGGUGCAUUGGAAUUUUGAGUGAUGUUUUGUAGCAACUAUAUAAUAGUUAGAUCAAUUUAGUUUUGUAUGACAGUUACUAGCUGUUGUAAUUUCUUAACUUUUUUAUAAAAUUCAAUUUUCAUUCU